UCAGGUGGUUCUGUUUUUCCUAUCUAGAUUUUGUUUUUAGGGAACUGGGGAUAGAAACCAAGUUAAAAUUCACCUUUUUUUGUUGUGUUUUUUUUUGGGUUUUCUAGGAUCUGAAUUAGAUUGAAAACCCCAGAGAAAUAGGAAUCUUUUUAAAGUGGCUUUUGCUUCUGGAGCUGAAAAUUUGGUAAGAGGGGAGGUAUUAGGGACUUUGAGCUGAAGUUUAUAAAGUUGAUGGCAAUUCUUUACUUUUUAGAGGUAGUGUACACAAAAAUAGGCAGACUCACAGAAAAAGAUUAAAUCCAUCUGUCGCUACACAAUUGUCACCUAUGCUUGUACAAACCGAAGAGAAUGGGAAUUUAUCCGAAUCUACAAAGAUUGCAGGGUCAGGUACACCUCUAACAAGGUGUCAAACCCUGAAUUCACCGCUUAAUCAAGCCAAAACUGUUGGAAUCAUUGGAGGAGUUUCUGUAUUUUCAACACUGAUUUUCUUGGAAAAACUUGUGUGGUGGAGUUCAAGAAAUGGAGAAGAUUGCGUUCCUUUUAUCGUAUGCAAUGAUCCAGUAAUAAGUAGAGAGCUUUCAAUUCAAAGUGCGUUGGUCAAUGGAGAAUUAGAUGAUGAAACGCGCACCAAGUAUGAGAUGACUGCAGAGAGUUUGAGGCGUAAAAGAGCGUUUCUCGAGCAGUCAGGGGUUCAUUGUAUUGUUAUGCCAUGCCAUAUUUCUGAAAUGUGGCACAGUGAGGUAUCAGAGGGAUGUUCUGUGCCUUUCCUCAGUAUUGGUGAUUGUGUUGCCAGGGACCUCAAAGAAGCAGAGCUGAAGCCACUUGAAGCUGGGAGUAAGAAUUUUGAGGUGGUCUUACCAGACAAAGCAACUGUACAGCAUAUACUGAAUCCUGCAAUUGAGGCAUUGAACAGAAAGGACGUGGAUGGGGCUAGGAAUCUCUUGAGAGUUGCAGUUCAGGUUCUAUUGAUGAGGGCUGCGAACACUGUUAUCCUAGCUACCGAUGAAUUUCAAGGCCUUUUGCCUCAUGAUGAUCCUCUUCUGAAGAAAUGUAUCGACCCCAUGGAUGCUUUGGCUCUAUCAACUCUAAAAUGGGCGCGGUCUACUUGAAAAGUACAGAAACAUAGCUUAAUAGGAAGUUAGAAAUUUUAAGUCCAGGCAUAAUCAUAUGGCGUCAAAACAAAAAUAUAAAUGUCACCAGAGGAGGAUUUGUUUGUGGAAUAAACAGGAGCUCUCUUGUUCUGUAUGACUGUAUUGGAAAAGCAUUUUCUUGAGGUAACACUCUUGUUAAAAUUUAGCAGAUAGGCAUGUGCAGGGCUGUGUAUCAAGA